CGCCAGCGCUUGGUGACAUUGCGCAUAUCUACGCCCCCGCGGGCUAGUGCCCUUCUGUGCUGGUCGGCUGAGUAGGUGGCAAUGGGGAGCCUCCGCGGCCUACGCCUGGCGGUUUCACAGAAGCUUUGAAAAUCAACAGCCUCACAAUCACAGUGGCUAUGAAAACCAGCAGGCUGGCAGGCAUUGAAGAAUGCAGAACAAGGAGUUGUUUAAGGUUAUGUGAAAGAGAUGUUUAUUCAUCUCUAAGGCUUACCAGAAACACUGAUUUGAAGAGAAUAAUUGGAUUUUGCACCAAACCACAAGAAAGUGCCAGAGCUCCAUCCAACACCUACAGCCACAGAGUGCCUUUACACAAACCCACGGACUGGGAGAAAAAGAUGUUGAUAUGGUCAGGUCGCUUCAAAAAGGAAGAUGAAAUUCCAGAGACCAUCUCGUUUGAGAUGCUUGAUGCUGCCAAGAAUAAGAUUCGGGUGAAGAUAAGCUAUGUAAUGAUUGCCCUGACAGUGGCAGGAUGUAUCUUUAUGGUUAUUGAAGGAAAGAAGGCUGCCAAAAGAAACGAGAGUUUAACAAGCAUGAACUUAGAAAAGAAAGCUCGUCUGAGAGAGGAAGCAGCUAUGAAGGACAAAGAGUAGCAGAGGUAUCCAUAUUGGCUGGAUUUCAGAAAUCCAGGAAUAAUGUUGCAACAAGCCUGUAUUAAAAAGAAUUUGAUACAAAGUUCCAUUUCAUAAAAAUAUGGUUUACACAAACUCAUACCUUUUCUCUGUUGUAACAGUACGAAUAAAUUUCCUUAAA